AUGCUGGCCGUGUCGCAUCGAAGCUCAGAAGCGUUGCCUACAUUACACCGUGGUGUCAUGGAAGAAUCGGGCACCAUCAAUCCAGCUGCUCUGAAUGCGCCUGCAUCCACCAUCGCGCCCAACCUGCUCUCCCAACCGAGCCCGCGCGGCAUCAAACGCAGUCGCUCGCCAAGCGCUAACGGCGGCAUUGGGCAGGACCCCAUAGGUGAUGACGCCAAGACCAAGUCGAAGAAGCUGAAGGCAGAAGAGAGCCCCGUGCCUUCCUCAAACAUGUCCAUGUCCAUGGCGCACCACCCGGUACAGACGCCCCACACCAGAACAUCAUCACUCCCUCACGCAUCGCCAUCACAAGCAUCACCUGCACGAUCUACUCCAGGUUCUGCCACGAAACCGCCUGUGGUCAAGGCGUUACCUACCGUCCGGGACCACACCACUGACCAGCUGAAUCCGGAAGGAGACGAAUAUCAACCCCGUGAGAUAGAUCCUGAUGGCGAAACCAAAGUUUCCGCUGAUGGCCAUGCCCUGGGUAACCGCAAGUUCAAAUGUAGAACGUUUCAGGUGCCGAACCGUGGCGAGAAGCUCUUCAUGCUUGCCACAGAAUGUGCUCGCGUACUAGGAUAUCGCGACUCAUACCUGCUGUUUAACAAGAACAGGUCUUUGUACAAAAUCAUUGCGAACCAAACGGAGAAGGACAACCUGAUCUACCAGGAUAUAUUACCAUAUUCUUACCGGUCGCGACAAAUAGCUAUCGUAACCGCACGCUCCAUGUUCCGACAGUUUGGCAGCCGUCUCAUAGAGGGUGGGAGACGAGUGCGUGAUGACUAUUGGGAAGCCAAAGCUAGGAAACAGGGCUUCACAGAAGAGGAUGCCGCUGGCGAAAAACGACCUGGAGCCGCGAAACAACGCGAAUUGCAGGCUGCUCAAGCCAGUCAAGCCAACUCCUUGACUGCUUUACCACAAGGCCAGAUCAUCUACAACAAUGACGGCACAUUCGAUGGCCAACCGCCUGGCAUGGGUCCCGUAUCACUUGCGCCUCUUCCCAUGAUUCAUCUGCCUAGCGAUGAGCUGCGAGCCAGCAAUCUAGGCGGUAGCAUUCGUCCCAGGCAGGAGAUCGCUGGACCGGCUUACACAGACAGGAUCCAGCAAAGCAGUGCCACUGAUAUAUUGACCCAGGCGGGACAGGCCGCGGAAUACAACAAGCAGCUUGGCCAGACUCGUGCUCAUCGUGCUGGAUACCUGGACGACUACUGGCGACGACCCCACGAACAGCCUGUGACUGAGCCUCAGACCACGCAGGCUGAUGCUGUUGCGCCACCGACAUUACAGGCACAACAAACCGUGGCAGGUGUGGGUGGCCAGCACCGGGGAUCCGACUCGAUGUCGCAUGCCGGAUCGCAAAUGAUUCCGCCCACAUACGCAGGGUAUUCCGGUCAGACGAACCAGAUGACUUCGCCAGUACAAGCAAGGCAGAUGAUGCCACCCAGUCAAAUGCACCAAGGCUCGCCUUCCAUGAGCAUGGGUGCAGCAGCUGGUCAUCGACAGACUCCAUCAUACGGCGGCUAUCCUCAGAACCAAAUGUGGCCACCUCCACAACCCCAGCCAUCACCUCUAUCGCAGUCUCACGGGUACGGCCAGCAACAGCACUCCCAGAUGCCUCCACCGCAGAUGCCUGGCCAGCCGGGUAUGGGGUAUUCACAAUUGGGCCAGAUGGGAGCGUACGCCGGCAUGAACCGAAGCAUGUAUCAGCCAGGCCCGGGCCAACAGCAAUACAGCAUGGGUAUGCAGUCCGGUGCUGGUCAGCAACCUGGAAUGUACAACCCCGCCUCUGGAAAUAUGUCUCAGUACUACGGCGGUCAGCAAUGA